AUGAAUUUCCGACAAGAAAAGUUUGUAAGGUUUCAGGACUGGAAGUCCGACAAGACUUCCGACGUGGAAUAUUCCGGUAGAAACGAGGUCCCAAACGGAAUAUUCCGGAGAACGAUAAGCUCAAUCUCCGACAAGUUCCAGAGAAGCUCGGCGAGAUUCAAAACGUUCAGGAGAUCAUACAAGUCUUACUCUUUCAAAGAAGCCGUAUCAAAAGGGAUUGAUUCGAGUCACAAGAUCCUUGACCCGCAAGGACCUUUCUUACAGAGAUGGAACAAGAUCUUCGUUUUGGCUUGUAUCAUCGCUGUUUCUCUCGACCCUUUGUUCUUCUACGUUCCCGUCAUCAACGACACCAAGAAAUGUCUUGGUCUUGACAAUAAAAUGGAGAUAACCGCUAGCGUUCUGCGUUCAUUCACUGAUAUCUUCUACGUUAUUCACAUCAUUUUCCAGUUCCGUACUGGCUUCAUCGCUCCUUCUUCUCGUGUCUUUGGGAGAGGUGUUCUUGUUGAGGACACUAGACAGAUCGCUAUGCGUUACUUGUCUUCCCAUUUCAUUAUCGAUAUUCUCGCUGUUCUUCCUCUUCCACAGGUGGUGAUUUUGAUUAUUAUUCCGCAUAUGAGAGGCUCAAGGUCUUUGAACACGAAGAAUCUUUUGAAAUUCAUUGUUUUCUUCCAAUACAUACCGAGGUUUAUAAGAAUCUAUCCGCUCUACAAGGAAGUGACAAGAACCUCAGGCAUACUUACUGAGACAGCUUGGGCAGGAGCUGCUUUCAAUCUCUUCCUCUACAUGCUUGCUAGUCAUGUGUUUGGUGCUUUCUGGUAUCUGUUCUCUAUUGAGCGUGAAACUGUGUGUUGGAAACAAGCUUGCAACAGAAACAGGAACAUCUGCGAUAUCACUUCCUUGUAUUGUGACCAUAAAGCUGCAGGAGGCAAUGCUUUCCUCAAUACGUCUUGUCCGGUUCAGACACCAAACGCAACACUUUUUGACUUUGGGAUAUUCCUUGACGCUCUUCAGUCCGGUGUAGUGGAAUCUCAAGAUUUCCCUCAGAAGUUCUUUUACUGCUUCUGGUGGGGUCUGCAAAACCUCAGUUCGCUCGGUCAAAACCUUAAAACAAGUACAUACAUUUGGGAGAUCUGUUUUGCUGUCUUCAUUUCUAUAUCCGGGCUGGUCUUGUUCUCGUUCUUGAUAGGGAACAUGCAGACGUAUCUGCAAUCAACCACCACAAGGUUGGAGGAGAUGAGAGUCAAGAGAAGAGAUGCUGAGCAGUGGAUGGCUCACCGUUUACUCCCUGAGCCUCUGAGAAAAAGAAUCAGGAGAUACGAGCAGUACAAGUGGCAAGAGACCAGAGGCGUCGACGAAGAGAAUCUUCUUAGUAAUCUUCCCAAAGAUCUUAGACGUGACAUCAAACGCCAUCUCUGUCUCGCUCUUCUCAUGAGGGUUCCGAUGUUUGAGAAAAUGGACGAGCAGCUACUUGAUGCUCUUUGUGACCGUUUGCAACCUGUGCUGUACACAGAGGACAGCUACAUCGUGAGAGAAGGAGACCCCGUAGACGAAAUGCUCUUUAUAAUGCGUGGAAAGCUUCUAACAAUAACAACAAACGGUGGAAGAACAGGUUUCUUCAACGCAGAGCAUCUUGGAGCUGGUGAUUUCUGCGGCGAGGAGCUUCUAACAUGGGCUUUAGACCCACACACAUCCUCAAACCUCCCAAUCUCAACAAGAACCGUUCGAGCUCUCGUGGAAGUUGAAGCUUUCGCACUUAAAGCUGAUGACCUCAAGUUUGUGGCUUCUCAAUUCAGACGGCUCCACAGCAAACAGCUGAGGCAUACUUUCAGGUUCUACUCGCAGCAAUGGAGGACUUGGGCAGCUUGCUUCAUACAAGCCGCUUGGAGAAGACACGUGAAGAAGAAACUAGAAGAGUCUCUUAAAGAAGAAGAGAAUCGGUUGCAAGACGCUCUGGCUAAUAAAGCUUGUGGAAGCUCCCCCAGCCUCGCCGCCACCAUGUACGCGUCACGGUUUGCUGCAAAUAUCUUACGGACUAUACGUAGGAGCGGUUCAGUAAGGAAGCCGAGGAUGCCUGAACGUAUGCCGCCUAUGCUACUUCAGAAACCAGCAGAACCAGAUUUCAAUAGUGAUGAUUAA